GCUCUCUUAUUACCAAACGCUUUCUUACCCCGUUUCGUUCCAGGCCCUAAUUUAUUGCCUCAAGCGCCAGUUUAUCCUUCGCUCCGUGGUUUUUAAUGCUUAUUUUUGUUGAAUUUCGAUUCAGAAAUCCGGGCUUUCAGGUCGAAAAUGGAGGUUUUGAAGGAUGAUUUCUCCAAUUUGGAGAUUGGGACUUCCGUCGAGUCGUUCCAGAACUUCUUGGACUCGCAAAAGGAUCUUUUCCGCUCCCAGGUCGAUCAGUUGCAGAGAAUUGUCGUCACCCAGUGCAGACUCACUGGCGUUAACCCGCUCUCUCAAGAGAUGGCUGCUGGUGCUCUGUCAAUUACAAUUGGAAAAAGACCCCGAGACCUGCUCAACCCCAAGGCUGUAAAAUAUAUGCAAACUGUUUUUUCUAUUAAAGAUGCACUUAGUAAGAAAGAAUCCCGAGAGAUCAGUGCCUUAUUUGGUGUCAAAGUAACACAGGUUCGUGAUUUUUUUAAUAGCCAACGUUCAAGGGUGAGGAAAAUAGUCCGUUUGUCACGAGAAAAAUCCAUCCAAUCUAAUUCUUGCAAAGAACUUGAAGUUGGAGGGAUUGCUACUAACAGUGAUCCCGGAAUACCAAUUGAUGCAGUUCCCUUGAACUCUGAUGCAGUGGUUCCUUUUAACUCUGAUGCACCAAUUCCGUUGAACUCUGAAGCUCCAGUUCCUUUAAAUGUUGAUACACCAGUUCCUUUAAACACUAUUGAACCCAGUAAUGUUGAUAAUGGACCAUCCUGUUCAACACAGGAUAGUGAUCUAUUUGGCAUAGAUGGUAUAGAUAGGCAUUUUGUUCAAACUAUAUUUAGUUUGAUGCAGAAAGAAGAAACGUUUUCUGGUCAGGUUAAAUUGAUGGAAUGGAUCUUGCAGAUACAAAAUUCUUCAGUACUAUGUUGGUUCUUGACUAAAGGUGGUGCAAUUAUUUUAGCGACUUGGUUAAGUCAAGCUGCUGUUGAAGAACAAACAAGUCUCCUUCAUGUAGUCCUUGAGGUUUUUUGUCAUUUGCCUUUACAUAAGGCUCUUCCUGUACAUAUUUCAGCGAUACUUCAAAGUGUUAAUAACUUGCGAUUUUACAGAAAUUCAGACAUAUCAAACAGGGCAAGGUUUUUAUUGUCAAGAUGGAGCAAAUUGUUGACGAGAUCUCAAGCAUUAAAGAAACCCAAUGGCAUGAAACUUUUGACCAAUUCACAAACAGAGAUGAUUCUGAAACAGAGUAUUGGUGACUUUAUGUGUGAAGAAUCAUGGAAGUCGAAUAUUGAUAUGCCUGAAAAUUUUGUUUCUCCGAAUGUAAAUGUAGAUAAUACGAGGAAAUUGGAAUCUAAUCACGCAUUGAAACUUUUGCCGGCCUCUUCGGAUGAUUUGAAUCGGAAGAAUGUCCUAAGUUUAUCUUCAUCCAGAUUCAGAGAACGCAGAAAAGUUCAGAUGGUAGAGCAGCCAGGACAGAAAGUUGCGGGCAGAAACUCGCAGGCUCCAAGAGCUUCUCCUGCGAGUCAAGGUCGGCCAAUGUCUACUGAUGAUAUUCAGAAAGCAAAAAUGCGAGCACAAUUCAUGCAAAGCAAGUAUGGGAAGGCUGGUUCGCCAAAUGGACGUUCGGAUGUGAAGUCUGAGAAUGUAAAUAAACCAUUACAUUUAGUUUCCGGUGCCUCGUCUCCAGCAUCUAAAAUCUCUCUAAGUCUCAAAUUAGAGGACCAGAGAAAAGCUUUGGUGCCCCCUCCAAAAAGCAGUAAUAAGGUCGAAACCCCGCUUCAUUCGAAGGUUGAAGUGGAGUUCAAGGAUUCGCUGGGGGAGAAAUGUAAGAGGGUCCAGAUCCAAUGGCGGAUGCCACCAGAAAUGAAACUGAAUGAUCUUUGGAGCGUUGGUGCUGGCGAGAACAGUAAAGAAGCUGGAUUCCAAAAAAAUAGGAACUCUAGAGAGAAGGAGACUUUGUACCAGACCAUCCAUGACAUACCAUCAAAUCCCAAGGAGCCAUGGGACCUGGAGAUGGACUAUGACGACUCUUUGACUCCUGAAAUUCUGACUGAGCAAUUGCCUGAUAAUGAGACUUCAGAAACAGAGGUUCGUAACCAUGCAGUUGACACUGCUGUUCCAUCAGAAAUGACUUCAUCUCAAGAUCUGAAGCCAACUGCAGCUGAACCAGAUCUUGAGUUGCUUGCUGUACUCCUGAAAAACCCGGAUUUAGUUUAUGCCCUCACUUCUGGCCAAGCUGGUAAUUUGCCUGCAGAGGAUACAGUAAAACUGUUGGAUAUGAUCAAAGCAGGUGGGGCAGCUAAUAUGGGCGGCGGCAGCAGCGUAGGUGUUGGCGUAAACAGGAUGGAGAAGACGGGGGAGAAAGUUGAAGUCUCUCUUCCAUCUCCAACUCCUUCAAGCAAUGCUGGAACGAGUGGAUGGAAACCAGCAGUGUUCAAGAAUCCUUUUUCACAGCGAGAUUCCAUUUCAGAAAGCAGCAGAGGUGCGCUUGCUUCCCCGCCCGUCGAUACUUCAAGCAUUGCAGUGUCGCGAAUUCCAGCAAACCAACAGCUCGCAGCUAUGCCACCAUUGUCCCAUCAGCUUCCUUCAUCAGUUCCUCAACUUUCACUUCCUCAAACUCCGAUCGACGGGCUCCAACCCCAUCACCUCGUUCACUCUCACCACCAGGGCAUUGUUGCAAACUUCCCCGGCGUUCAAUUACUCAACUCGGAAACAGCCUCCGCAUUGAGGAGCUUUCCCAUCACCAACAUACCCUUGGCUAAUCAAUCUACAGUAGCAGCUCCCUCUUCAGUGCGGAUUGAAGGUGGGAAUGUUGCAAAACCUGUAUCUUUUUCAUCCAACACACCAGAAAGAGUAAUAUCAAUCCCAUUCCAAUCGCCUCCUUCCCCGACCCCUACACGAAUGCUGCUGAAUCCGAUGCAGCAGCAAAGGCAGUCACAACUACAGCAAUUACAGCCAUUUCAAUCAGAGCAUCUGCAUCAAACUCGAGUAAAUAUCGAAAAAUCCGCCCCAAGCUUAGGUUCCUGGAGACCAAGGCAGCAGGAUACGGGUUCCCACCAAAACAAUGAGAGAAAAUUGGUUGGAGGUCCUUCAUGGGGGAGAAAUGAAUUUGAAUCAUGGAGUCCAGAGAACAGUCCAGUAAGGCCACAGCCACAGCCACAGGAGUACAGCAGGCCAGAUAAAAGCUUCUCAGAGCCCAGAAUAAACUCUGGACGAAGCUAUGGGCCUGCUGAGCAGCACAGACACAGCCAGAGCCAGAGGAGUCCUUAUGGAUAUAGAGAGCAAAACAGACAUGGAGGAAACAACAGCAGCAGAAGGUGGCGUGAUCGGCAAUAUUGAUAGAAACAAACAAACAAACAAAUUGUGAAAUUGUUUCAGUAAGACGAAGAACUCACAAAUGGAUUCAAAAUCAUUGGAAAAUGUGGCUCCCUCUGUGAGAAUGGGUUGAGAUUGGUGUUCUGUAUUGCAAGUUUUAUACUUCCAAGGCUCCCCCAAAGGUGAAAAAUAACACAAUUUCACAGCGGCUUCCUUGCUACCAGGAGUAUCCAUCUUCUUCUUCUUCUGUUUCUUGUUUCUUUUUGUGGGGUGGGAGGGCUUUGGCUUUUGACCUGUAAAAUUUAGUUUGAGGAGCUUGGGUUUGUAGGGGGGAGGAUUCUCAUUUUUUCUUUUUAAAUUUUUAUAUCAAUUAUUGUUAGUGUUAUUCUGUCUUCAAAAUGAGUGCUGAGCUGAGGUGAUUUUCCCAUUUUCGAUCCAAUUACUUUGGGCAUAAUUUUCAUAUCAUAUUACCUUCUGCUGGUUGAGAGCCACUGAGUCA